GACUGUUGUAUAGGUGCUAAUUAGAGUGUGUAGCAAUGAAAAAGGUUGACAUAUUUUGCACAAUGCUGAUAGUUUUGCUCAAUUACUUUAAAUCUAGUAGAGCCAUAGACUGUUUCAAAUGCAUGUCCGAAAAUAAAAAUAACCCGAAAUGUGAAGAUCCCUUCCAUAAUAACUAUACGACAGAUAUUCUCCAAACUCCUUGCAUGGGAGGCAGAAAGGGCCGAAAUGGUGUUUUUCCCGCAACAGCUUGUAUUAAAAUCACAGGAAUAUUUGACGAUAAUAAAGAGACUAUAACUGUGAGGUCGUGCGCUUUGGACAGCGGCACUUUAACAACUGAUACCGAGCUGGUAAGAACAUCGCAUUGCGGGGGAUUUUUUUAUGAAAGCAGAUAUGUUAGAGGGUGUAUACAAAGCUGCAGUGACGCUGACGCAUGUAAUGCCUCUGAAAAAAUAUGUAUAAGGCUGUUAAAUUACUUGGCCUUGUUUCACACAUUUAUCAAAAUACUCUUUGGUUAGGCGAGUUGAAGGCAAUGCUUUAGACAGGAGUGAAUUCUAUGAAUUAUCCAGAAUUUGCGUACUGUUUAAUUCAGAAAUAUUUGCAAAAAUACAUUAUAUACCUGAUCAACAACUCAUGGCUGGAUUGAGUGCAUUAUACAAAUUGAUUUAUUGCAAUAACUAAGAAUAGAACUGUUUCCAGAAAAUUCCAUAUUUGUAAAAAUUCCGUGGACUUCCUGAAAAAAAUCGCUUACCUAGUCGCCUACAUAGUAGCUUAAAUAGCAGGUGGGACAAAACAAUUCAAAAAAAUUGAAAUAAACUUUCUGAAGAGCACUUAAUGUUACAUUCACUGAGCGAAACUCCUUUUUCAAUUCGCAAAAAAUGUUUUUAUUGCAAUUUAUGAACCUAUACAUACAUAUUAUUUUUUUCCAAUCCCAACAAGAUACUUUAGGUCGACAUGGCUUUGUCUAUGAGCAUUUCAUAAAUAAUAAAUUAAUCAAUGGCUUUUUUUUAGUCCAAUGGGAUAUUUGGAUUCUCAAGUCGGAAAUAUUGAACAAUACAUUUGCUACUUACAAGAUAAAAUAACAUUGAAAACGAUCAUUUGUCUGUUGUUGUCUGCUCAUCUGUAUAUGGUUGCUAAUUUGUACUAGAUUUAAAUAAGUAAGGUAAAAUACUAUUAUAUAUGUGUAUAAUUCCAAGAGAAGAAUUAAAACAGUCUUUAAAUUUAA